CUUAUUAAACAUCAGAGAACUCACACAGGAGAGAAGCCAUUUUCAUGUCCUGAAUGUCGAAAGUGUUUUAGUCAGAAAUCAAGUCUUAUUAGUCAUCAUAGAACUCACACAGGAGAGAAGCCAUUUUCAUGCCCUGAAUGUGGAAAGUGUUUUAGUGAGAAAUCAAAUCUUAUUAAUCAUCAGAGAACUCACACAGGAGAGAAGCCAUUUUCAUGUCCUGAAUGUAAAAAGUGUUUUAGUCAGAAACCAAGUCUUAUUAAACAUCAGAGAACUCACACAGGAGAGAAGCCAUAUUCAUGUCCUAAAUGUGAAAAAUGUUUUACUGAUAAAUCAAAUCUUAUUAAACAUCAGAGAAUUCACACAGGACAGAAGUCAUUUUCAUGUCCUGAAUGUGGGAAGUGUUUUAGUCUCAAAUCAACUUGUGAUAUACAUCUGACAACUCACACAGGAGAGAAGGCAUUUUCAUGUCCUGAAUGUGGGAAGUGUUUUAGUGGCAAAUCAAAUCGUGAUACACAUCUGAGAACUCACACAGGAGAGAAGCCAUUUUUAUGUCCUGAAUGUGGGAAGUGCUUUAGUAAGAAAUCAAGUCUUAUUAAACAUCUGAGAACUCACACAGGAGAGAAGCCAUUUUCAUGUCCUGAAUGUGGAAAGUGUUUUAGUGAGAAAUCAAGUCUUAUUAAACAUCAGAGAAUUCACACAGGAGAUAAGCCAUUUCCAUGUCCUGAAUGUGGAAAGUGUUUUAGUGAGAAAUCAAGUCUUAUUAAACACCAGAGAAUUCACACAGGAGAAAAGCCAUUUUCAUGUCCUGAAUGUGGGAAAUGUUUUAGUCACAAAUCAACUCAUGAUACACAUCUGAGAACUCACAUAUGA